CUAAACGGUUUCUUUUCUCUCUUUUAUCGUUAUACCUGAAACGACAUGAGCUACUCACCCAACUUGAACGCCAAGCCGAAAAAAGGCAUUCUAAAGAAACAUACUGCACCCAGUGAACAAACGCGUUUACGAUGGGAUGAAGCCAAUUUGGAAUUAACAGAAGCACAAAAAGAUUCUACAAUGAAAGUGAAUGAGCCUAAAACACCGUAUGUAAAGUAUAAUGCAGAAACAGACCAGGUUCUCAACUUGGAUUCUAUACCAGGGUUACCCAACGGUAGCAGUCGUGAAGAACCAGAGGAAUUUACAUUGGAUGGUGGAAUGGAAUCAGAUAAGAGUAGUAUAGCAUCCAAUUCAACGAACGGUUCAAAAUCACGCAGAAGAGUAUCCGUUAGCGAUGACGAUGAUUGGGAUAUGGAUGAUGAAGAGGAUGAGGAUAAAGAAGAAGACGAAGAAGCAAAACGUCGUCAUGAAGAGUUUCUACGUAAACGUGCUAUGCAUUAUAAUAUGGGAGCAGCGCUCAAACAUCAUGAUGAAGAUAUGGAGGAAGAGGAUGAAGAGGACAACGAGGAUGAUGAUGAUGAUGAAGAAGACGAUAAUAUGGAUAAAAAUACAAACAAGAACAAAAUACCAGCUUUACCAACAGCAAAUGAUGAUCAGAUGAAAGAAUAAAGAUUGCUUCCUAGGGUGGGAAUCAUGCU